UCUCCAUCACGCUCUUUUUAAAGUCUGGCUCAUCUCACUUCCGCUCACUUUCGUAUUGAUUUAUUCCUUUUCUCGACUUCCAGGCAGCUCUUGUUUAUCGUCUUCAGAACGUAUUAGAAACAAAACAAACCGCCAAAAUGAAGUACACGAUCCUGGCUGCCACACUGGCUGCCAGCGUUGCCGCCUCGCCUUCUCACAACCACCACCAGCACCACCAUGCGAAGAAGAACGCUCCUAACAAGGUCGAGAAGCGUGUGGAUGUUGUUACCGAGGUUGUCGUCGGACCUACCGCUACCGUGUACCAGCUCGACGGCAAGAUUGUCAAUCCUGCCGACGCCAAGGCUGGUCUGGCCGACGGUGACUACGUCGUCAUUGGAGAGACCACCCCGACUUACGUCCCGCCUCCUCCUCCUCCCCCUCCAGCUCCGUCCUCGACCUCGACCUCGACCUCGUCCUCGUCCAGCGCCGGAGGCAUGAAGGCUCAGUUCAUCGAAGAGCCCUCAUCAUCCGCGGCCCCUACUACCACCUCCGCUCCCCCGCCGCCGCCCUCGACCACGGCCCAGCCCACGAGCAGCUCUGCCCCUCCUCCUCCCAAGUCCUCGAAGCCUGCCCAGCCGAGCCCCCCCUCUGGCGGCACCGGGCUGAAUGCCGAUUUCCCCAGCGGAAAGAUCCCAUGCUCUCACUUCCCAUCCGAUUAUGGCGCCAUCCCCCUCGAAUGGCUGGGCACGGGUGGCUGGUCCGGUCUCCAGUUUGUGCCUGGUUAUACAGCGGCUUCGCUCAGCAUUAGCGAAAUCAUCACCGGUGUUUCUGGCCAGACCUGCGGCGACGGAGCCAUGUGCUCUUAUGCUUGCCCUCCCGGCUACCAGAAGACCCAGUGGUCCCAGGCCCAGGGAGCGACUCUGCAGUCCAUCGGUGGUCUCUACUGCAACAACGGCUUCCUCGAGCUUACUCGUCCUGACCACCCCAAGCUUUGCGAGCCUGGUGCUGGCGGCGUUAGCAUCCAGAACGACCUCGAUGAGUCCGUUUGCACAUGCCGAACCGACUACCCCGGUAUCGAGAGCAUGGUUAUUCCCGCCUGUGCCAAUGCCGGCCAGACCAUUCCUGUUUGCAACCCCGACGAGUCUACCUACUAUGUGUGGGAUGGCAAGAGCACCUCCGCUCAGUACUACAUCAACAAGAAGGGCUACGGAGUUGCCGAUUCUUGCGUCUGGAACAGCCCUCUCGACCCCAAGGGAGCUGGUAACUGGUCUCCUCUCAUCCUUGGUGUGGGUAAGACCGCUGGUGGCUUGACCUUCCUCUCCAUCUUCCAGAACCUUCCCACCAGCACUGCUCUGCUGGACUUCAACGUUGAGAUCACCGGUGAUGUUAACAGCAAAUGCUCGUACAUCAACGGUGUGUGGACUGGCGGCAGCAACGGCUGCACGACUGCCAUGCCCGCUGGUGGUAAGGCUAUUGUCCGAUACUUUUAAACAACGGUAGCCUCGGAAUGACGGUUCCUAUUUUUGGUUUAUUUUUUCCAGUACCAUAUAAUUGGAUAAUUCGUGUGCAUAUUCGUUUCCUCGCAGCACAUUGGUGGAAGGGGGAGAAAAUGGUUGUCCUUAUCUAGUCAUCUUCGCCGCGUUAUAGAGGGGGAUGCGUCGAGGGAGGGAGGGAACUCGCGAUACCAGGAAGGCCAUUGGGGGGAAAGGAGAGAAUGCGGCCUUUCACUAAUGCACUUGCGCCUCUCUUCUGCUAUUCCUGACUGCAUGGCCGCCAUGUCGUCGCGUGUGAUAUACUAGUAGACAUACGCCCUGCCCUGGUGGCGAACAGUUUUGGGUUCUCAUUUUAAUGCUUUUUUUUUUUGUCUGUUGUCUACG